AUGAAAGAUCGUGAAAAGAUUGAAAAGUGGGCCCGUAACUUCACAAAGGAUUCAAUUCCUAAGGGAUUGUUGACCUUGAAUUUCGUAAGAUCUAGUGGACCAGGCGGACAAAAUGUUAACAAAGUAAAUACGAAGGUGGAUAUGAGAUUUGUGGUAGAUGAAGCACUAUGGCUGCCAGAAUACGUUCGUGAUCGGCUCAAGUCUGAGGAAUCAAAUAAGAUCAAUAAGAGUGGCGAGUUCGUUUUAACAUCAGAUCGUAAAAGAACUCAAAUGGCAAACUUGGAUGAUUGCAUGGAAAAACUGCAUGAGCUCAUACUCAGGAUGGCUGAACUCCCCAAGCUUCCUGAUGCCGAAGCGUUGGAAAAACUAGAAAGAAUGUAA